AUGCUGCCUGAAGGGGCGAUCUCGAGCCAGAUUUUGCCUGUGGCAUUGUGAGUUUGUCCGUCACACUCGAUAGGGUCUCAAAGGAGAUGGGAAUAAUUCAGUCUGAAUAUUGCGAUCAACGCCUGGCUACUUCACAGCUACGCUCACGGGGGCGCCUUCUCGGUCGGGGCCAGCUCGGACCUCGCGCACCAUCAAGUUCGCUACCUCCUGAGCAAGGGUUUCGCCGUGCUCUCUCCGGAAUAUAGACUGGCGCCGCAGUAAGUUCGUUCCAGCGAGAAGUUUCACCCGGAAAGCUUUACUUUCGUUGACCUUUGAGGAAAACGUGCUCCACCUCCCACCUGCAGCGUCAAGCAAUCGGCCUGCCGAGAGGACGUACUCGACGCUUUCAUCUUCUACCAAACGAAGCUCAACGAUGUCUUGGCCAAGAAAGUAGUGGUUCGGCUCCUAAGUUUGAUGUGAAGCAAGCCUUUGCGGCUGGAGGAAGUACCGGUGGAACCUCCACCCUCUGCCUUGUAAGGAAUCGAGUCGAGCUCCUGUCUUGGGCCUCAUCCACAUUUCACUCGCCCACGAGUCUCAUCGGCGGUUCCUUCUCCCCCCCGUACACAGCCUAUCGAUGUGCACACGUAAAACGAAAAGCACCUUGAGGCCGAGAUCUUCCAGCCCCGAGCGGCUGUACCAGCGUAUCCAGCAUGCCUGAAGGACGGCUACCAGGAUAACCCGACUUCAGCUCUGGAGGAAAAAUUGGUUAAGAACAACUCCGAAGGCUGGAAGGCGGUGCAAAAACUCUUUGCUGGUCGUGUCUGGUGCUCGUUCAAGACCAAGUCAGUCCCUUCUCCGCGCUCCUAGGACUUCUCCAUCGUGACUCGACUUUGACUGGUAAUGUGCCCACACCUCUAGCUCGAUGCCCCUCCCCGAUGAUCACCCACGUUGCAUCUGGGUCAACAGCGGCGUCAAGUACAACUGCCACGACUCGUUACUCUGGGGCAACCCACCUUACCCUGCCGCCGCGAACUUUCUCGACUUUUUCGGCCCCUGGUUCCCGCCGACGUUCAUGCUCGCCGCCGAGGGUGAUUCGUUGAUCCCGAUGCAACACUCCUAUGAUGUGGUCGAAGCGCUCAAGAAGCAUGGCGUCGAGACUCGCGUUGGUAUUGGAAAGAACGCGGAGCAUGGUGAGUGAUGAUGUUGCGAGCGAGGGGCUCAUCACGCGGCAAUCGAUUGACUGGAGCGAUAUCUCAUGAGCAGGCUUUACCGAGUGGAACCCCAAGCUCUGGCCCGAGGGUGCAGAUUGGUGGACCCCGAUCGAAGAAGGGUUGAACUGGGCCAUCGCUAAGACCGUCGAUGCCAAGGAAUGA